CAAGUGCUGAAUGUCCCUAUCCUACCCGCAUUUCAAUUAUCAGGACCCACAUAGUGCAAAAGAACACACCACCAACCUCACUCACCGCUCUCACUCUCACUCACCCACCCUCAACACAUAUAUACCAACCUACAUACAAUCCCCGUUGCGAGACAGAAAACAAAGUGUCGUUUCGUAUCGUGUCGCAAUGGCCAUGGCACUUCGCAGACUUUCCUCCACCAUCAACAAACCGUUCUCCCACGCCACUUCCAUUUAUCGCACUUCGUCUUCGCUCUCUGCUCACGAAAAAGAGAAAUCUCGCGCAGAUUGGACGAAGCAGCUCAACGAUCCUCUCGAGGUUGUGGAUCCCGAGAUCGCUGACAUAAUCGAACUCGAGAAAGCGCGCCAAUGGAAGGGAUUCGAACUUAUUCCUUCCGAAAAUUUCACGUCGCUGUCGGUGAUGCAAGCCGUUGGAUCGGUGAUGACAAAUAAAUACAGCGAAGGAUAUCCAGGAGCUAGAUACUAUGGAGGAAAUGAGUACAUUGACAUGGCUGAGACAUUAUGUCAGAAGCGUGCGCUUGAAGCUUUUCGGUUGGAUCCAGCAAAAUGGGGAGUCAAUGUGCAAUCAUUAUCUGGAUCCCCUUCUAACUUUCAAGUUUACACUGCUUUAUUGAAACCUCAUGAGAGAAUUAUGGCCCUGGAUCUUCCCCAUGGUGGACAUCUAUCGCAUGGUUAUCAGACCGACACCAAGAAGAUAUCAGCUGUAUCAAUAUUCUUUGAAACCAUGCCAUACAGAUUGAAUGAGAGCACUGGUUAUAUCGAUUAUGACCAGUUGGAGAAAAGUGCAGCACUUUUUAGGCCAAAAUUAAUAGUUGCUGGUGCUAGUGCUUAUGCCCGCCUUUAUGAUUAUGCACGUGUUCGCAAGGUAUGUGAUAAGCAGAAGGCAGUUCUGUUGGCUGAUAUGGCACAUAUCAGUGGAUUGGUUGCUGCAGGUGUUAUUCCUUCUCCCUUUGAUUAUGCAGAUAUUGUAACAACCACAACACACAAGUCACUUCGUGGACCACGUGGGGCUAUGAUUUUUUUCAGGAAGGGUGUGAAAGAAAUAAACAAGCAAGGGAAGGAAGUGUUGUAUGACUAUGAAGACAAAAUAAAUCAGGCUGUUUUUCCUGGACUUCAAGGUGGUCCACACAAUCACACUAUUACAGGCUUAGCUGUUGCACUGAAGCAGGCUAUGACACCAGAAUUCAAGAAUUACCAAGAGCAAGUACUUAGCAACUGCGCAACAUUUGCACAGAGUUUGUUAGAGAAAGGCUAUGACCUUGUAUCUGGUGGAACUGAUAACCAUUUAGUGUUAGUGAACUUGAGAAACAAGGGCAUUGAUGGUUCCAGGGUUGAGAAGGUACUAGAAGCAGUUCAUAUAGCUGCCAAUAAAAAUACCGUUCCAGGGGAUGUAUCUGCUAUGGUUCCUGGUGGCAUUCGGAUGGGAACCCCUGCUCUCACAUCUAGGGGAUUUGUUGAGGAAGAUUUUAAAAAAGUAGCUGAAUACUUUGAUGCAGCUGUCAAGUUAGCCUUACAGAUUAAGGAAAAUACCAAUGGUACAAAGUUAAAGGAUUUUGUGGCAGCCAUGCAAUCAGAUGAACAAAUUCAAUCUAAGAUUGCUAAUCUCCGUCUUGAAGUAGAGGAUUAUGCUAAGCAGUUUCCGACAAUUGGUUUUGAGAAAGAGACAAUGAAGUAUGGUAAGUGAAGAUGACAUGGAACUUCUUCUGGAGUAUUAUUUAGAAUCAAUAACGCGGAGUUAGAUGUAUCGCUCCAUGGAUUGACCGGGAGUAUUAGAUGAAAAUGGGAAUUAUAUUAUCAAUGGUUUAUAAUGAAAGGGAAAAAGGAGAAAUUUCUUUUCAGCCUGAGAAAAUAUAUUACUGAUUUCAUGAUGAAAAUUUACUUUGAUCUCCAAUGUACUACUGAUAUAGAAAAAGGAGGUCGAGCACCUAUGGAUUUUUUUAUUUCAUGAAUUUGUACUAGUAUUUGAAAUAAGUUACCUCAAAACCCCCUUUAUUUACAAAUUCCAUCCUCUCUA